AUGGGCUUCGCCGACCUCCUCACCGAUGCUGGAGCUACCGUGCUCAACAGCUGGCUCACCACCCGCUCCUACAUCACUGGCACUGCUCCUUCCCAGGCCGACGUUGCCGUCUUCAAGGCCCUGAGCGCGUCCCCUGACGCCGAGAAGUACCCUCACGCUGCCAGGUGGUACUCCCACAUCGCUACCUACGAGAGCGAGUUCGCCACUCUCCCUGGCGAUGCCUCCAAGGGCUACGAGACCUACGGGCCUGAUGCCUCUGAGGUCACCGUCAACCCCGCCAAGGCUCCUGAGAAGGCUGAGGAGGACGACGACGAUGUCGACUUGUUUGGCAGUGAUGACGAGGAGGAGGAUGCCGAGGCUGCCCGUGUCCGUGAGGAGCGCCUCGAGCAGUACCGCAAGAAGAAGGAGUCCAAGCCUAAGCCCGUCGCCAAGUCUGUUGUCACCUUGGAUAUCAAGCCUUGGGAUGACGAGACCGACAUGAAGGCGCUCGAGGAGAAUGUCCGUGCCAUCGAGAAGGAAGGUCUUGUCUGGGGUGCCAGCAAGCUGGUUGCCAUUGGCUUCGGUAUCCGCAAGCUCCAGAUCAACCUGGUCGUCGAGGACAACAAGGUCUCUCUGGAGGAGCUCGAGGAGCAGAUCCAGGAGUUCGAGGACUACGUCCAGUCUACUGACAUUGCCGCUAUGCAGAAGCUGUAA